AUUCUUCCUUCAACCAUCCAGCAAUCCAUGGAUGCUUUUAAGAUUCAGCAUGUGAAUUGAUUGCUUCUCUGUUCAUCAUUCUCCUCCGAUUUGGUUGGUUUUCUGCGAGAUUGUGAAUUGAUUCUGUCUCUCCCGGCUUUGCAUUUGGUUCUUGAUGAGAUUGUUGGGUAGAUGUUGUUUUUGGAGCCUGGAAAGAAAGAUGUGCAUCCCUCCCAUCAUUCGAUUCGAUUCGAUGACAAAAACAAAAAGGCAAUCUCAUGUGGUUAGCUAGCUUGUAUUCUACGUGUGGAGAACAUGAUGAUUCCAUGAAUCCAUCAAAAUGCCAAAUCCAAGAAUUAGAGCUGCUCCAUUGACGGGGGAGAGAUCGACAGCAAUGGGGGAGCUGGUGGUCGCCCGGAGGUACUGGUGCCACAUGUGCGCCGCGGCGGUCAGCCCCGUGGCCGCGGACGCCGGGGUGGAGAUCAAGUGCCCGUAUUGCGGCAGCGGCUUCCUCGAGGAGAUGGAGACCGCCCGCAGCAGCGUCGCCACCGGCACCGGCCACGCCCACGCCAGCCCUAGCGCCGACAACGCCAUCUCCAUCUGGGCCCCCAUCAUCGACAGCAUGGUCGGCGACCCCGUCCGGCGCCGUCGCAGCAACCGCCGCACUGUGGACGCCGUGGCCGCCGCAGAGGACGAGCUGGACAACGUCGACUUCUCGCGACGCCGGCGGCGCGCCACCGCAUUCCUGCGGCUCCUGCAGGCGAUCCGGGAGCGCCAGCUGCAGCGCCUUGAGUCCGCGGCCGCCCUCGGCAACGGUGGCGGCCUCGAGACAGAGCACUACAGCCCAUUCGGCCGGAGCAUCUUCGCGGCCGCCCCCCUCGGGGAGCACGGCAUGGCGCUGGGGGACUACUUUCUUGGGCCCGGGCUGGACGCCCUGAUGCAGCAGCUGGCCGACAGCGACGCGGGCCGGCAGGGCACGCCGCCGGCAAAGAAGGACGCCGUGGAGGCGCUGCCAACCGUGGAGGUGGUGGGUGGGUGCAACGAGGAGGACGCGGCGAGCUGUGCGGUGUGCCUGGAGGACUACGCGUGCGGCGAGCGCGCCCGGGAGCUGCCCUGCAGGCACAGGUUCCACUCCCAGUGCAUCGUGCCGUGGCUGGAGAUGCACAGCUCCUGCCCGGUCUGCCGGUUCCAGCUGCCCGCCGACGACGACCCAAAGAGCUCAUGCGGCAGCGGCAGUGGGAGUAGCAGCACCACCACCACCUACGUCACCUAUGUCAGUGCUGAGGUGAACGACAAUGUGGAUGGUCAUGGCAAUGAGAGUGGCGAUGAGGCAGCGGGCAAUGCGGCCGUGGAGCGCCAAGACGGCGAUGUGGAGGGUGAAGGAAACGCGAGCCGGCUGCCGGCGUCCAUACAGUGGCUCAACAGCCUCUUCUCCCCGCAGGCGGCAUCACCAUCCUCCACUUCCACUUCCGGCGGCAGCUCGCGGCACUUUGAGGACUAAAUCUGCUCUGCUCCGUUCGGAUGCCAUUGUCAUACCUACCACGAACGCAAGGGUUUGCUGCUGCGCUAAAACUUGGAGCUUUUCUCCUGUCUCUUCGUGUGAAUCGGUCAUUUGGGUGUAAUUUAAAAAGAAAAAACAAGGGUUGUACAGUUUAAAUUUGAUACAUUUUGUCAAAUAUAUGACUGAUGUUCAUCAGUUUUCAAACUCUA